CAAAUAGAUCGGAUUAUUUCUAAAGAAAAUCCCCAGGAGACAUGUCUGUUAUUGAACAGACUCAUCAGUUCCCGCCUGGUAAGUUUCAGCUCGUUUUGAAUUUGACGAUGCCUAACAGCAGUAUUUCUUUUUUCCGUGUCUUCUACUAUGCGUUUCAAGUGUCUUAUUUCGGCUUUCAAGGACAAAAUUUGGUUAUGAAGAUCCUGUACAUUACUGUUUGCACCGGUGAAGUUGCUGCCAUUAGCACUUGUGUUGCCCUCUAUUUCCUGUGCGCAAAAGUCGUCUGUCCCAGCGAUGAUAAUAACUAUCGGUGCGCGGACAACCACAUUCAGUAUUUCAUCAUCAGUGAUGUACGGGCAUUUUUGCCUCAACAGAUUGAUACGUCGAUUAUGAUGGCUCUCUGGGACAAGGAUACUCCGGUUGAGGCUAAGCAAUAAUGCAAUUAUAGAUAGGUUUUUUCUUCUGGUGGGUGUUGAAAAUUAAAAUUUGUAAAAGACCCUCCACGACUUCACUUAAAAAUUGUAAAUUCAGUAAAAUAGUGUAUUGCUGCUGCAGCGCUAGCGGCUUCUCUCUCCAUAUUUUUAUGUUCGGCCUUACGUUUCUUUGCAGGCGUAUCGUCUUUCUUUGUCAUAAUCUUAACUUAUGACAUCAGUCUUAUUCUCUUCAGGAAUGACUGUGCUUUCUUG